AUGCUUACAAACGGGAUCGGUGUCGAUCUCUGGACUGCUCCAUUUGAUCACCUCGAGCACUUCGUUCGAUGGCUGUAUACCAUUACCCUACUAUAUUUUAUCCAGUGUGCCAUGGUCAAGGUCUUGCUGAUUCUAUUUUUCUUGCGGAUAUUUCCGAGAAGGCGAACAGUGCAGCUUUUGUGGGGGACUAUCGCCUUUAUCGUAAUAUGGACCAUAUCUUUCUUCAUUCCUGGCUCAUUCCCAUGCCUGCCUCUUGCCGAUUACUGGACAGCUUGGGAUAAGGCUAAGCCAACCAAGUGUCUCAACAUAUACGCGGUAAUCUGGGUACACGCUACCAUAUGUAUCGUGGUCGACAUCUGGAUGCUAUCUAUCCCUCUGUACGAGGUCUUUCACCUCCAGAUGACAUUGACGAAGAAGUUCAGCGUAGCUCUGAUGUUCUUCGUUGGUACCUUUGUUACAAUUGUAUCCAUACUCCGCCUCAGAUCACUCAUUGCUUUCGGCGGAACGAGCAAUGUCACAUAG